AUGAUGAGGAUAGCCGGGCUCAGCAGUGAUUUGCUGGGAGGCAAAGGCAGCCGACAGAGUGAGGAGGAAGCACGGGAGUACUUGUUGCUGCAGGUGUGCCUGGAAGGAUGUGACUCGGGCUUUGGGCAGGCAACAGCGCGGCACUUGGACACCAUGGGCUUUCAGGUGUUUGCCAGCGUGCUGGACCUGCAGAGUCCUGGCGCUCAGGAGCUGAGCCGGAGCUGCUCGCCGAGGCUGACACUGCUGCAGAUGGACCUGACCAAGCCAGAUGACAUCCAGCGUGUCCUGCAGCACAUCCAGGCCCACACCAACAGCACAGGGCUCUGGGGCCUGGUGAACAACGCUGGCUUCAACGACACCAUCGCCGACGCCGAGCUCUCGCCGCUGGGCAAGUUUCGCACCUGCAUGGAGGUGAACUUCUUUGGCUCACUGGAGCUCACCAAGGGGCUGCUGCCCCUGCUCCGCUCUGCCGGGGGCCGCAUCGUCACUGUGAGCAGCCCUGCAGGUGACAUGCCCUUCCCGUGCCUGGCAGCCUAUGGGGCCUCCAAGGCAGCCCUCAGCCUGCUCAUGGACACCUUCCGCAGUGAGCUCCAGCCCUGGGGGGUCAAAGUCAGCCUUGUCCUGCCUGGCUACUACAAAACAGGGACGACGUGUGACCCUGCCUUCUGGAACACACAGAAGGAGAAGCUGUUGGCCAACCUGCCCCAGGAGCUGCUGCAGGCCUAUGGCGAGGACUAUGUGGAGGAGAUCAACCACCAGUUCAUCCAGUUCAUGAAGGUGGCCGUGGAGGACCUCAGCGCGGUGGUGAACAGCAUCACAGACGGGCUCCUGGCUGCCAACCCAGCCGUGCGUUACUACCCAGGGCAGGGCCUUGGGCUCAUGUAUUUCAUACACCGCUACCUGCCCUAUUUUGUCCGAGACUUGUUCUUGAAAGGAUUUUUCAUCAACCCCAAGCUGCCCCGAGCGCUGCGGCAGGAGCACCACAACGACGUGAAGAAGGCCUGA